CUCUUCUUAAAGACACAGCAGGAUCUUCUUACCUUCUCACACUACCUUGUUCUUGUUCCUAUAUUCUUCUUCUGUCUCAACACAACAACAUACAGAACUUCAUAGUCAUGAUGCUGCUGCUGCUUUUGUAACGAGUGAAACUAAACACUUUGGUUUUGGUUUGCACUAGUUUGAUGAAAAAUAUGCAAGGCUUCAAGACAGCACAACAGCCAAGUUCACAACAACAACUCUAUUGUCACUCUUCCUUCUUGCUUAGGGGAAACGACCCUAACCGAAACACAACGCGGUUCUCUGAUCUUGGGGAGCUUCACCAUUCCUCUAGUGUUUUUCAUCAUGAAGAUGCUGCUGAUUUAAGCUCAAGUUCUAUGUUUAGUGUGAAGUCGAACAAUGUUGUUGGUGGUAGUAACAUACAGUAUGGGACAUUGAACACAUUGAGCACGAAUGUUGGGUCUGCGGAGAUUGGUACAAGUGUGCGAGGGUGCAUGGAUACAGGGCAGCAACUGAUGUAUCACAAAGGAGUGACUACGGCAGCCUUGCCUUUGGGGAAUGGUCAAGUUGAGAAUUGGGAUGAUUCAGGCCUAGCUGAUAAUAGCCAACAGACUGAUCAUACCUCCACAGAUAUUGACACUGAUGAUAUAAUCCAAUGCAAUAGAGUCAAGAAUGGGACACGAAUGGUUGUGCACUCCAAGGAUGCGACAAAGGUGAAACCUGGAGAUCAAAAGACCCUUCGUAGACUGGCUCAGAAUCGGGAGGCUGCAAGGAAAAGUCGGUUAAGGAAAAAGGCAUAUGUACAACAGUUGGAGAGCAGCCGAGUCAAGCUUGUGCAUUUAGAGCAAGAACUUCAACGAGCACGUCAGCAGGGUAUAUUUAUUGCGACUCCAGGGGAUCAAGGUCAUUUGGCUGUUGGAAAUGGUGCCUUAGCAUUUGACAUAGAUUAUGCUCACUGGGUUGAUGAGCAUCAACGUCUUCUCAACGAUCUAAGAACAGCUAUAAAUUCUCAAAUGAGUGAUAGUGACUUACAUAUUCUGGUUGAUAGUGUUAUGGCACAUUACAAUGAAUUAUUUAGGCUAAAGAGCAUUGGUGCAAAGGCUGAUGUAUUACACAUACAUAAUGGGAUGUGGAAGACACCUGUGGAAAGAUGUUUUAUGUGGCUUGGUGGAUUACGUUCGUCUGAACUUCUCAAGAUCAUCAAGAACCACCUUGAGCCAUUAACAGAUCAGCAGUUGAUGGGAAUUUGUAAUCUACAACAGUCUUCCCAGCAGGCUGAGGAUGCUUUAAAUCAAGGCAUGGAAGCAUUGCAACAAUCUCUUGUAGAAAUACUUUCCUCUACUUCCCUAGGACCCAAUGGUAGUGGAAAUGUUGCUGAUUACAUGGGUCAAAUGGCUCUUGCAAUGGGCAAGCUUGCUGUUUUGGGGAGUUUUCUUCACAAGGCCGACCUCUUGAAGCAAGAAACUCUUGAACAGCUGCAACGAAUCUUGACAACGCGCCAAACCGCUCGAGCCCUCCUUGUCCAAAACGAUUACAUUUCAAGACUAAGAGCGCUUAGUUCGUUAUGGUUGGCGCGCCCUAGAGAGUAGGGACUGGACCUUGCUCUAGUGCAUCCUACUACUGGAGUUCCUAUGUUGGCUCCAAACUAAUUGGCCAUUUCUGUUCUAAAUUCUAAUAGUAACUCAGUCAUAGGUUGCUGCCACCAAAUACAGUGUUGAUAAUAAUCGAUUAUACUGUGACGAAACCUUGUUACUGGUAGCUACUAAUCUAAUUUUCUUUUAUGAUAGAUUGAUGGCAUGAAAGUUUCUGCGUAAGUUUUUAUCAGUUGGAAUGUUCUGUAUAUUGUUAGCAACUUAGCAUAUUUAUGUGGCUAUUAAUGUGUAAGUGUUACAUC